AUGGAAGGAGGUGGAGAUGGACCAGGUAAUGAAGAAGAAGAAGGAGAUGGAGAUGCGAAUGAAGAAGAAGGUGGACAAGGAGAAGGAGAUGGAGAAGAAGAAUAUGGAGAAGGAGAUGAAGGAGAAGGAGAAGGGGAUGAAGUGGAAGGAGUUGAAGAUGAAGAUGUUCAAGGAAAUGAAGAAGGUGGAGAAGGAGUUGAUGCUGUUCCAGUUAAUGAUCCAGUACAACAAGGCAUUUUCGGAAUAAUAUGCAACAAAGAACAAGGAGACCCUCAUAGAGGAUCAUUCUUUAGAAGCUAA